CUAAAAUACAGAAAAGAAACAACACUGUGAAGAAAUCAUUGUAUUAACUUCCUGAUAAAAUUUGUAAUUAGUUCUACUCAUGGCCACACAAAAUGGCCAGACAGAUUGUUGGGAUAUCAUUGAUGACAGCCACGUCCCGGAGUUUGAGGUGGCCCUGUGGAUCAAGAUCACCCUUGCGCUGCUCUACGUCAUCAUCUUUGUGGCAGGCGUCUUGGGCAACAGCAUCACCAUCCAUACUACCAGAGUGCUGCAGAAGAAAGGUUACCUGCAGAAAGAAGUUACAGACCACAUGGUCAGUCUGGCCUGCUCAGAUCUACUAGUCAUCUUCCUGGGCAUGCCUGUAGAGUUCUUCAGCAUGAUAUGGAGCCCAUUUUCUACUCCUAAAGGUGAUCUCGCUUGUAAGCUGUACUGGUUCAUUUUUGAGGCCUGCAGCUAUGCUACAGUACUGCAUGUGGCCACUCUAAGCUUUGAAAGAUACAUUGCCAUUUGCCACCCUUUCAAGUUCAAAGCUACAUCUGGACCCUGCAAAGUGAAGAUACUUAUUACCUUUGUCUGGAUUACAUCAGUCUUGGUGGCCCUACCUCUCCUCUUUUCCAUGGGCACAGAAUACCCCUUAGAAGCAAUCCAGGGCCAUCGUGGGUUGGUUGCCUGCAGUAAGCCCCAAGGGAGGCACCACAUGCCUGACCUAAAGCUAAAUGUGACUAUCUGCACCAGUUUAUCAUCAAAAUGGAAAGUCUUCCAGACUGGUAUCUUCAGUGCCUUGAUUGUGUAUGUUGUGGUAUUGGCAUCUGUAGCCUUUAUGUGUCGGAAAAUGAUGAAAACCCUGAUGCUUCACAAACAAGGAACCUUAGCGGUAAAAGCAGAGAGGGACAAACAACACCAGUACCUAAGGAAAACUGAAAAUCCAGACAGCAGAAGUUCCAGGAAACAGACCAUCCUUUUUCUAGGUAAGAUCCCAUUAGGCUGAAGGAGGAUUUUGUGGUAGAAAAGGC